GUCUCUCAAAACAUAUAGCACAUCACAAAGUUCAAAAAUGGCUACUCCUCACCAACCUCUGUUACUAGAGACACCCAAACAAAAUUCCAUAAUCAGCUUCAAGAUCCUCACUUUUCUCAUAACCUUUGUUGUUGCUCUUUUUUCGGUUGUGUUUCUUGUUGCUCCUCAUCAAUUUGAGAAUAAGCAUUCUAAUUCUAAUUUAUUAUCUGUACCACUUCUACAACUAUGUGACACUGCACAAGAUUCCAAACUCUGCGUCAGUUAUGUCUCUGAUUUAGUGUCCAAUGGAAUUGUUACCUCAGAUUCUGAUGGAAUUACUGUUCUGCAAAAAUUCCUAGGGAAAUAUGUCCAUCAAAUGAACAGUGCAAUUCCAGUGGUUCACAAGAUCAAGAAUCAGAUCAAUGACAUUACUCAACAAGGCGCUUUAACUGAUUGUCUUGAGCUUCUUGAUUUGUCAGUUGAUUUAGUGACUGAUUCAACUGCAACACUUAGUACCAGAAGAAAAAGCGAUUUAGCACAUGCCAAUGCACAAAUCUGGCUAAGUGGCGUGCUCACUAAUCACGUUACGUGCUUAGACGGGCUUAAUUCCGUUACUAAAGCUACUGUAAAUGGAACAAUUCUUGACGAGUUGGUCUCGAGAGCUAAGGCUGCAUUGGCGAUGCUCGCGUCUGUAACAACUCCUAACGAGAAAGUUUUUAUGCCGCUUUUAGGGAAAAUGCCAUUGUGGGUGAGUUUUAGAGACAGGAAGUUGUUGGAGAGUUCGGGUAAGGACAUUAAAGCAAAUGCAGUGGUGGCACAAGAUGGAUCAGGGGAUUAUCAAACAGUUGCUGAAGCAGUUGCUGCAGCACCAGAUAAGAGCAAGACGAGGUAUGUGAUCUAUGUCAAGAAGGGAAUUUAUAAAGAGAAUGUGGAGGUGACUAAGAAGAAAAUGAACUUGAUGAUUGUUGGUGAUGGCAUGAAUUCUACCAUUAUUACUGGUAGCCUCAAUGUUGUGGAUGGAUCAACCACCUUCCGCUCCGCCACUCUUGCUGCAGUUGGCCAAGGAUUUAUACUACAGGACAUAUGCAUACAAAACACAGCAGGGCCAGAGAAACAUCAAGCAGUGGCACUUCGAGUCGGAGCUGAUAUGUCCGUCAUAAAUCGUUGUCGUAUCGAUGCUUAUCAAGAUACCCUUUAUGCACAUUCUCUAAGGCAGUUCUAUAGAAACUCCUAUGUUACAGGUACUGUUGACUUCAUAUUUGGUAAUGCAGCCGUUGUACUCCAAAAAUGCCAACUCGUACCUAGAAAACCGGAUAAAAACCAGAAAAACAUGGUUACUGCACAAGGCAGGACGGAUCCAAAUCAGGCCACGGGGACUUCAAUUCAAUUCUGUGACAUAAUAGCAAGUCCGGAUCUUGAACCAGUCGAGAGCGAAUUCAAAACGUAUCUUGGUAGGCCAUGGAAAGAAUAUUCAAGAACUGUAGUGAUGCAAUCAUACCUAGGUAAUCUCAUUGAUCCAGCGGGUUGGGCUGAGUGGAAUGGAGAUUUUGCAUUGAAGACAUUAUAUUAUGGGGAGUAUAUGAACAAUGGACCUGGUGCUGGUACUAGUAAGCGGGUCAACUGGCCCAGUUAUCAUGUCAUUACUGAUCCUGCUGAGGCAAUGCCUUUUACGGUGGCUGAGCUGAUUCAGGGAGGAUCGUGGUUGAGUUCUACCGGGGUGGCGUAUGUGGAAGGAUUAGAUGAGUAAGGAAUUAUCAAGUUAUCUUUGAUGUUAAUGUAGUCUUUGACUAUGUGUCCAAGCAUCCCUAGAGAGCUCAAAAUAAGUAGUAAUAUAUAAUGUGCCAUAAGCUAUAUUGGAUGCAAGCAUAAACCAAAUAUCAGCUUGUAGGAAGUUUCUCGGGCUGAUUUUGAAGUUAUAUGAGUUAAUGAAUAAAACCUUUGUUUAUGGAAA